AUGGCAGAUUGGACUAUGCUUCCAAAAGAACUCCUGCAAUUAAUAUCUGAAAAACUCAACAGUCAAUUCUACCUCAUUCGCUUUCGUUCUGUCUGUUCCUCAUGGAGAUUUUCCAUACCAAAACCUCACAACCUUUUUCCCUUCAACCUUCCGCAAUUCUCUGACUCUAAUGAUUCAGAUAUCCACAAACUCUUCAAAGACAGCAUCUUUCUCAUCAAACCACCCACAACAUCAAACCAACAAACUCUAUACCGCCCUUGGUUGGUCAGAAUCAGUCCAACUUCAACCGGAAAGUUUAAAUCAUGUCACCCCAUUUUACCUCACAGUCUUAUUAUACCUUCUUAUCCGCGCGUACUGGACUUCAGCCAACUCUCUGUCUUCAAUAUCGGACACAUGUAUAUUCAGGGUAUAACCCAAUAUCCAUAUUUAUCUACCAUUGCAUAUCAUCAAUAUGAUAAGUCUGUUGCCGCGUUUCAGGGGGGACGACCUCUGGAUAUUCUCACACGCAGGAAUGACUCUCGGGAGCUGAUGAUGUUCCGUUGUGGGGAUGAUCAUUGGACCAAGAUCAACAAUGUGGCGGAAUCCCGCAGAGACAUUUGCAUUUUUAAAGGCCGCCCUUGUGUGACAGACGAAACUGGUCGGACUGUAAUGAUUGGAUCAGAUUUGAGCGUUCAUUUGGUGGCUGAGCCUGUGUUUGAUGGCGAUGGGGACAUUAACAUUAUAGUUGAAAAUGAGUCUGAGUUGUUGCUAAUUCACAAAUAUGAAGAUGAUGAUUAUGAUGGUUAUGAUGAUGAUUAUGAUGGAGAUGAGCCUGUAAGAAUUGAUGUGUUUAGGCUUAAUCAGACAGAGAAAAAGUGGGUGAAGCUGGCAAAUUUAGGGGAUAGGGUUUUGUUUUUGGGGCAAGGAUAUUCGUUCACUGCUUGUGCAUCAGAUUUGGGUUUCGACAAUGGGAAUUUUGUGAUAUAUUGUAACCAUUAUGAUAAUGUUUUUGGAGAUACUGCACUGAGUGUUUAUCACUUGGACCAGAGACAGACUUUUCCCUUGUCUGAUUAUCCAGAUUAUAUCAAGUGGUUCCGGCCACCUCCGGAGUGGAUCAUCAGUAGGUGUCAUCAGUAAGUGUUUGUAACAAAGUAUUGAAGAAUUCUUUCUAAUCCAUCUUUAGUUUGUUUUGGCGGCCUCAGAAGAGAAUCUUGUAGUCCCGUAGUAGUAUAUGAUGUUAAUGAAAUUAAAAGAAUUGUGCAUUCCAGUUACAAUCCAUUUAGAAACAAUGAUUCCAAGUCUGUGUUUGUUCCUUUUCAAUGUUAUAGUUGCCAAGAUAAAUAUCCAA